CGAGUUAGACCUGUAGAAAAGGUUCAGGGACCGUCCUAUCUGUGUUUCCUCUGCCCUGUCGGCUGCCUCUGUCCCUCCCCUCCCUCCCUCAGAUCCACAACAGCUCUCCCUCUGCUGGAGGAAAGAGAACACUUCAUAUGUAACCAACACAUCCAUCCAGUUGAACAAUACUAACAAAGUGCAUCACAUCCACACCUCACUCAGGAAUGUCAUUGGGCAGGUUAAUGUUUCGGAGCAGCGAGCUUUUCAUACGAAAUGAAAUCAAAGCAGCAGAGGUUUACCGUCUACUUACACACUCAACAUAUGAGACAUAAGCAGGACUCAUGAGUCUCCCUGUGGCUGGGAAACGUGGCCUCUCGUUGGGAAUGACAGCGGCGUCGCUCCACUGAAUGUGUCACCGAGGUGUCAGCUGAGGUGCAUGGAGCCGAGGGGUCGUAUGAUGGAGGGGACAGAGGCUACUGAAAUGCGCUCCAACCUCACAACUCCACACAUUUACCCCACAAACCCAAAACUCGGAUUUCCCGGUUACUAUACCCUCAUCCCCCUCGUGCUGCUCACACUGAUUGGAUGUGUAGUGGCAGCGGUUGUUUAUAUCAGGAGGAGAGCAAGAUUGGAUGAGCUGCGCCACAGGCUGAUCCCUCUGUACAACUAUGACCCCACAGAGGAGCAGGAGGACUGGGGGGACGCAGACAAGGAGGAAGACGAGGAGCUGACUGAACCCUUGUACAGAGAGGGGAAGCUCGCCCUCUCAUCUGCCUAUGGACCAUGAAAAUCAAGAGGAGAAGGAGGAAUGUCUUUUUCUUUGGAAUUUUUCAUUCAUGGUGCUAUACAAAAAAAAAAAAAAA